UUGAAAAUAAACAAAUUAAAUCUCGUUUGUGUUAUACGUUUUGUUGAUAAUAUUUCCUCGACUGUCACCGGUACCAACUCUUUGGCUAUAUUAUCUCAUUGCUUGGCUCCCGAGUCCGAUACAAGUAGUUUGCAAAGAAAAAGAUGUGACCGGGCUUGCGUACACCAGUCAACAGUGUUAACAGGUAACAGCGGCAACAACAACAGUGAGAUCACGAUCAGUGGGUCUUCAGCAGCAGCGCUGGAUCAACAGUGUACCAACGAGCCGAAGCAGCCGAGGCGCAAGUCCAGCUGCAUCAGCAGCAGCGCCCUGUCGAGCAUCGCCGAGGAACAGCAGCAUCAGCAGUCAUCGUCCCUCGGUGCUGUUGACGCUGUUGUUGUUAUCGAGCCACCCGCUCUAACCGCCGCAGCCUCGACCUCCUCGUCAUCCUUGUAUUGCUCGUCAUCGGAAUGCCGCGGUAGGAAACGCAAGAUGCAGCCACCCCACGACCAGGAGAUUUGGUGCCGAUCCAGGCAGAACGGCGUCGUGCAGCCCCUGCUCACGGAUCUGUAUCAAAUCACGAUGGCUUAUGCCUAUUGGAAGAACGGAAAGAUAAACGAUUAUGCGGUCUUCGAUCUUUUCUUCAGAAAGAACCCCUUUCAGGGUGAAUUUACUGUGUUUGCUGGGCUGGAGGAGUGUCUCAAGUUCCUGGAAAAGUUUCACUACUCUGAUAGUGAUAUUGAAUAUCUCAAAUAUGCGAUGCCUGCAUCAGUUGAGCCAGAGUUCUUUGAUUUUUUACAAAAUUCAACAGCUAGGGAUGUUACUCUUUAUGCCAUUGAGGAAGGAUCUGUAGUGUUUCCACGAGUACCACUGUUAAGGGUUGAAGGGCCUUUGAUAAUGGUACAACUUUUGGAAACAACGCUGUUAACUCUGGUCAACUACGCUAGUCUAAUGGCAACGAACGCAGCAAGGUAUCGCAUGGUCGCUGGCAAGGGAAUUCGAUUGCUCGAGUUUGGCUUGCGAAGAGCACAGGGGCCAGACGGUGGUCUCAGUGCUUCCAAGUACAGCUAUAUGGGUGGCUUUGACGGUACCAGCAACGUUUUAGCUGGUAAAUUGUUUCACAUACCUGUGAGUGGCACUCACGCACACGCCUAUGUCACAUCUUUUACCAGUUUUAAUGAUUUACCUGAUAAGACAGUACCCGACAAACAUACUGGAGAAAAACGAGAUCUCUUAGCAUUGUCUUGUAAAUAUCGAGAUAAUAUAGCGUCAGAUUUAGGUGUAUUAGUAUCAGAAGCCUCUGAUGGAGAACUGACUGCUCUUGCGAGCUAUGCAAUAGCUUUUCCAGAUGGGUUCAUGGCAUUGGUCGAUACUUAUGACACUAAAAGUGUUGACACAACGGCCAAGCCACAAGCAAAUGUAACCGGCAAUAACUUAACGAAUAAGCUUCUAGCUAACGGAAGCAAUAAGACACCUCGAAAUGGUGCGAGACACAUCCCAAUUAUAUCUGAUGAACCAACUUUGUCAAAGAGUGGCAUAAUAAGACAAAGUGAAUUGGGCGAGCUCUAUGUAAGAAGUGGUUUAUUGAAUUUCUGUGCAGUUGCUUUGGCCUUGAGCAAUCUAGGCUACAAAGCGAUUGGCAUUCGCAUUGACAGUGGAGACUUAGCCUACCUCAGUCAAGUAGCCAGAGAGUUGUUUGUAAAGCUUGCCAAAAAAUUCGAUUUGCCGUGGUUUGCUAAACUUACGAUUGUUGCCUCCAAUGACAUUAACGAAGAAACUAUUGUUAGCUUGAAUGAACAGAAUCAUAGAAUAGACUGCUUUGGAAUUGGAACCCAUUUAGUAACUUGUCAGAAACAACCAGCACUAGGUUGCGUGUAUAAAUUAGUAGAAAUCAAUGAUCAGCCUAGAAUAAAAUUGAGUCAGGAAGUUGGAAAAGUGACAAUGCCUGGCAGGAAAACUGCAUAUAGGCUAUAUGGUUUGGAUGGUCAUGCUUUAAUAGAUUUAUUGCAAAGGGUUGAAGAAGAACCCCCUCAAGUUGGACAAAAGGUGCUAUGUAGACAUCCCUUUGAAGAAUCCAAGCGUGCUUACGUUAUUCCUACAAGAGUUGAAAGUCUACACAGGUUAUACUGGCAGGAUGGUAAAAUUCGGCAGAAAAUACCGACACUCGCAGAAACGCGAAAUAGGGUGCGAGAGUCUCUGAACACCUUACGCAACGAUAUUAAACGGAAUUUAAAUCCUACGCCUUACAAGGUAUCUGUUAGCGAUCACCUGUACUCUUUCAUCCACGAUUUAUGGCUUCAAAAUGCUCCGAUUGGUGAAUUAUCUUGAAGCAAUUUUUUUUCAUCACUUAUAAAAAAUUACCAAAGCUUGUACUUUUACAAGCGUAAAAUCAACCCACAGUUCUCAAUUUAUGAGAACACUAACGGUCAUAAAAAGCAAAUAAUAAUUAUAAAAAGUAAGCAUAAUAGAGGAUGUAAAAAGUAACUAUUUCAGAAAAAUCCAUAGAUACUUUUAGGGGCCUUACAGUGAUAAAGUUAAUAAUGUUGUUGAAAAAAAUUUGAAUUAUACAUGUGUCAUGAAACGAAAAAAACUAGGACAAUAGGU